AUGGCCGUGAUUUGUGCGCGCUCAUGCAAGGCGAUCGCAUUGAGUCAUUCGCUUUGUCGAGCCAUCGGCGCGGCUGGUUCGAUUAGCACGCGUAGCGCUGACCACGGCGCGUUUCACGGCGCCGAAGGCGGCGUACCGCCUGUCACAGCCGCGGCGGGAACCCGCGAGUUUCACGGAACGGCGGCGUCGGGAGAAGGAAAUUCCGCAGGGGCUAGCGGGGAAAGGAACACGCGCGCGGCGCAGCUGGGCAGGAGAGAAUCGGAAAGAAGCACCACGGAGCAACAGGCUCGGAUUGUGGUGAUGGGUGGCAAUGGCUUCGUGGGCAGCGCCAUCUGUCGCAACGCCAUUGGCCGGGGAAUUGAGGUGGCAAGUGUGAAUCGAUCAGGUCAGCCCAGUCGCAGCGAAGCAUGGAUUAGAGAGGUUGAGUGGAUCAAAGGCGACGCCCUGAACCCCUCUUCGUGGAAGCAGCACUUGCAAGGGGCCACAGGAGUGGUGUCGUGUGUGGGCGCCUUUGGGUCGAAGGAGUGGAUGAGGAGGAUUAAUGGGGAUGCCAACGUUGGGGUGGUGAACGCGGCAAAGGAUGAAGGUGUGGCGAGGUUUGUCUUCAUCUCAGCUCAUGACGUGGGGCUGCCUUCUUUCGUUCUCAGGGGAUAUUACGAGGGCAAGAAAGCGGCAGAAGCAGCUGUCAUGGAAAGUUACCCUAACACGGGGGUUGUCCUCCGGCCAGCCAUGAUUCACGGCACUCGUAACGUUGGCGCCUACAAGCUGCCUCUCAGCUUGAUCGGAGCUUCCUUGGAACUGGCCUUCAAGAACCUGCCCUUCCUCUCCCACCUGCCCCUGAUCGGCCCAGCUCUAGUACCGCCUGUUCCGGUCUCGGCUGUUGCCUCCGCUGCAGUCAGAGCAGCAUCAGAACACUCGUUCCCGGCGGGAAUCGUGGAUGUGUGGGGAAUAUUGAAAGAGGCACGCUAG